AUGCCAAAUCCAAUUAAAAACAGCGAUCCGGUUUUGAUGACGUCAUUUGCUAAAAAGCGUGACAAGGUGCUGAAAUGGAAUGGAUGGGGCUAUGCGGACUCAUUUUUCAAGUUGGAUCAUGAAGGCGACGUCGUCAUGAUGGGAGACAGGUAUGAAGCAUGCGGUCACAAGAUGCCAUAUUUCCGUCCAUGGUUUGAGGAGCAUCUGGGGGUGCAUGAUAUCAUCAAUCUGCGUCAAGGGAAAUUCCCACGGCUGCCUGAUCUCGUCGUAUGGCCACGAAGUGAACAAGAUGUAAUGAAG